AUGGCUUACCUGCUGACCUUUGGCAUAGUGGCCGCCCUUUUCCUGGCCAGCAUCUCGCUAUACCGCUACGGCAACAUACCACGUCAGCAUAUCCUGGUCACCCUGUCCGUGCUGACCGCCUGGUGUUUCUCCUUCCUGAUUGUCUUUACCAUUCCGCUGGAUGUGACAUCGACCCUUUACCGCCAGUGCUUGGAAGAGCAUCGACCCACUCCAGCCCCCAGCAAUGUCUCCACAACUCCGGCCAAUGCCAAUGUCACGCCGCCGCCCGAGUGCCAGGAACCGUGGGGCAUGGUGCCCGCCUCGGUGUUCCCCAAUCUCUGGCGCAUCAUCUACUGGAGCUCGCAGUUUCUCACCUGGUUGAUCAUGCCCCUGAUGCAGUCGUACCUAAAGGCGGGCGAUUUCACUGUCAAGGGAAAGCUCAAGUCGGCACUAAUCGAAAACGCCAUCUACUACGGCUCCUACCUGUUUAUCUGCGGCGUUCUGCUCAUCUACAUAGCUGUGAAGGGCGAGUCCCUGGACUGGCAGAAACUCAAGGCAAUCGCCUCGUCCGCCUCAAACACCUGGGGUCUGUUUCUGCUCAUCCUGCUGCUGGGCUAUGCUCUGGUAGAGGUUCCACGUUCGUUGUGGAACAAUGCCAAGCCGGGAUUCGCACUGCAAUAUGCCUACUUUAAGGCAGCCAAACUGAGCACUGAGAAGGCAGAGGCCGAGGAGCAUGUGGACGACAUUCUGGAGUCGUUGCAGUGCAUCAGCCGUGUAAUACCCAACAAUCACGAGCUGAGACCCUGCCUGGAGACCAUUCUGCGCAAGGUUCCCAUCGAGCUGCAGGAGCGAGCGAGCCGGAACUUUGCCCGCACUGGAGGCAGCGGCAUGGGAGCCACCAGCUCUACCAUAUUGCCCUCGGAGAAGGCUUUGGUUCGGAUCCAUAAGCAGGUAAUCAAAUCACUGCAGACCCUGCAGCGCACCGAGGCCCUGUGGAGCGUCCAAGUGCAGACGGUGCUGCAUCUGGAGGAUGUGGCCAGGAAUAUUCAUUCAUCGGAGCGACGCUUCAAGUCGGAGUUUCCGCGCCAGCGCACACAGCUGGAGAGGAUCUGCUAUAGCGCCACGCUGCAGUGGUACUGGGAGUGCUUGCUGAAGGCGCCGUUUCUCAAGACGCUGUGCGUUCUCACCGCCACCAUGUCCGCCAUGGUGGUUUGGAGCGAGCUGACCUUCUUCAGUCGCCAUCCCGUGCUCUCCAUAUUCGCCAACGUGAUCUAUGUGGCCAAGGAGAGCUACGACUUCUUCACCAUCGAGGUCUUUUCGAUGGCAGUCCUCUGCUACUUCUUCUACUGCACCUACUCGACCAUCCUGAGGAUACGCUUCCUGAACCUGUACUAUCUGGCGCCGCAUCACCAGACCAACGAGCACAGCUUGAUUUUCAGUGGCAUGCUGCUCUGCCGCCUGACGCCGCCCAUGUGCCUCAACUUCCUCGGUCUCAUCCACAUGGACACGCACAUUAUUCCCAACCGCAUUAUGGAGACCGUUUACACGCAGAUAAUGGGACACAUGGACGUCAUUGGCAUCAUCUCGAACGGCUUCAACAUCUACUUCCCCAUGUGCAUGCUGGCCUUCUGCUUGGCUACCUGGUUUAGCCUGGGCAGUAGGGCCCUCAAUGCUUUGGGUUUCCAGCAGUUUCUGCAGAACGAAACGAUUGCCACUGAACUGGUGCAGGAGGGCAAGGAUCUGAUAGCGCGUGAGAAGCGUCGGCGACAACGUGCCGAGGAGGCGAUGGCCAGGCGGCGUGACUUUAACCGGCAGGAUCCGGGGCUGGGAGGCGGUAGCGACUACCUAAGCAAGUAUCGGAGUGGAGGAGCCGGCGGCACCCUGACUAGCGGUCGCACCCCGGCAGAUGGACUGCUGCGCGAUGGCGAUGGAAGCUUUGACUAUGCAGCCGUGGCCUCCUCGUCGGCUCUGGGAGUGCCCAGAUCUCUGUCGGAGGAGAUCAACGAUCGGUUCGGUGUGAGCACCCAAGUGCAGGUCGGAUUUCGGGAUCCUGACUACGAGCCGGAGCACGACCGACGCAUUGUGGGUCCACCCCCCCGAGGACUCUUUGACGAUGUCUAGGCUCGAAAAAGGAUAUUUAUAUUUCUAAUUGUAACCGAGUAUCUCAAUGCCUGCAAUGUUCCGUAGUUUAUUUCGUUGGCACAUAAGUAUUUUUUGCUGCUGCUGCUGCUUUUGUUCCUUUACACCCAUGUACACCAUUCGAUGAAUAAACCACUAGAAAGGA